UACAGGGCAGAUCAGCACUGUCUUCUUUUAUUCUGGAUAUAUUUAUAUUCAUUGGGUUUUGUGGAGCGAGCUGAUUUUGUGGAUUUAUCGGGGCGGUGGUGAACUGAUGAUGGAGGCGGUAAGCGGCGCGGGGGCGCGCAGGGUAGCGGGAGCGAGCCGCGGUGUGGAACGUUCACUGGAAGAAGCGACGGGCUCGGGCUCGCUCUGCCUCAGCGCCCGCAAACUGAAGGAAUUCCCCUCCGCUUCCGCGCAGCACGAUCUCAGCGAUGUGGUGCACGCAGAUCUUUCAAAGAAUCGGUUGGCAGAUGUUCCUCCUGAACUCACGCGUCUAGUUUCAUUGGAAACACUGAAUCUCUAUCACAACUGCAUCAAAAGCAUUCCAGAUACCAUCAUCAACCUGCAGUCCCUCACCUCAUUAAACAUCAGCCGUAACCAGUUGUCGGUGUUGCCAGCGUGUGUGUGUAGUCUACCUCUGCGAGUCCUUAAUGCCAGCAACAACAAACUAAACGCUCUUCCUGAGAGUAUUGGCCAGCUCACCAACCUAAUGGAACUGGAUGUGAGCUGUAAUGAAAUCACAGCCCUGCCUCGUCACCUUGGACGACUCAAAGCACUUCGAGAGCUUAGUGUUCGCCGGAACCUUCUGUGUGUUCUACCCGAUGACUUGGCAGAUCUACCUCUGGUAAAGUUUGAUUUCUCCUGUAAUAAAGUCUCCACUAUUCCUGUCAGCUACCGCAAAAUGACUCAACUCCAAUCAAUACAACUAGAAAACAACCCACUACAGAGCCCACCUGCACAGAUUUGCAUAAAGGGAAAGGUUCACAUAUUUAAGUACCUCACCAUGGAGGCAUGUCGCAGCGACAAGAUGGUCGACGCCCUGUACCUGCCUGUCAUGGACCAACUUAGCCUAUCACGACCAACCACUGGCAGUGUGGAGGACAUUGAUCAACACAGGAAGCUGGAUAGUGAUUCUGGGGUUGGCAGCGACAAUGGGGACAAACGUCUUUCUGCCACAGAGCCAUCUGAUGAGGAUAGUCUGGGUCUAAAUGUGCCAAUGUCCAACAUUUCAGAGGAGGACAGGUUAACUAAAGAUGAUUCCAUUGAGCACAUUAGCCCUCUGACAGCAGAUCGAAGUUCUUCAGACUCCCAGUUUAGAUACAAAGAUCCUUCCUUCAGUUCUCAAUUUGUCAACUACAUGAAGAGUCGAGGUGGUGAUUUUGAUGAGCCCCUCAGAAUAGAAGAAGACAGUAAUUGGACUACUGAGCAAGGGCCAACGGUCAACCUGAUUAGUCCGCUACAAGAGGCUGUAAAGCUUCUGCAGAACCCUAACAGGGUGAAUUUGAGUUCAGUUGACAUGCCUGGUGUUAAACUUUACCCAGUGGAAAUGGUGACAGUGGACGAGUCUUUUAAUGGUCAUGAGAGUGAUGAUGGACAGACGACACCUAAGAGUGAGACGUUCUGUCGGGAGCAGACCGAGGAGGAGAAUGAUGAAGCACAGAGUCCAGUGUUUUCACCUCCGUUUGGUCUGAAACCAAGAUCAGCUCUACACUCUGUUCCUUGCUUACCCAUGCCUGUUGAUAGAGACAUACCAAGUAGCCCAGAUGAUGGAUGUGUUCCACUCAAUGUUUUUCUCAGAACGCCCAAGUGUCUGGAAUCAGUGGAUCCUCAGUUUACCAUGAAGAGAAGAAUGGAACAGCUCAGAGAGGAACUGGAACUGGUGGAACAACUUCGAGAGAGUAUUGAGAGCAGACUGAAGGUUGCACUUCCUGAAGAUCUUGGUACUUCCCUCAUGGAUGGUGUGGUGCUCUGUCAUCUAGCCAACCAUGUUCGACCUCGUUCAGUUGGCAGCAUCCACGUUCCUUCUCCAGCAGUACCCAAGCUCAGCAUGGCUAAAUGCCGCAGGAAUGUUGAGAAUUUCCUGGAUGCGUGUAGGAAGAUAGGUGUUCCAGAGUCAUCAGUUUGUUCAGCAUAUGAUAUUCUGCAGUGUUCGCUGAGGCCGGUCUGGGUCACGGUCCGAGCGCUGGUAUCUCUGGAGAUAAAGGCUUUAAAUGAAAAGGACGCUGGGAUGGUUGGAGAAAUACAGGAGCAAGAAAAGGCGGCGAGCGAGAGCCUCAGUCCCUGUCAGGAAUCAACCUGUUCCUGGCAUAUCUGGGAUCUGAUUGGCUCAAGCCUGGUGCAUUUGUUCUGCCUGCUGCUGCUGUUUGGGGCUUACACCUGGAGUGAACUGACAUGACACACACAAACAGACACACAACAAUACACACACACAUACACACACACAGAAAGCACACAGAAGUUGUAACUUUACACAUGUGAAUGUGAUACAUGUGCUUUAUUA